AGUCGUUAAACGAGCGUUCAUAUUCGACGCACGCACCACAUUCACUUUGUGUGUUGGAGCAACUUGUGUGGAUUAAAAACGUUCAAUUUGUUUUUUUUUCAUUUCUUCUUCUCUGUAAAUAAAUGUAAUAAAGGCAGGCUUAGUUUUGGCAUACGAACUCAUGUGACUUCAAAACAACCAAAUAUUUUUGGUGGUUUUUUUUCGUGAGUUCAUUAGCAUUUUGCAUCUAAGGUGAAAUUUUUAUGUUUGAAAUUUUUGCGCCGAAAAUGACAACAAACAAUCGGGAGGUACGAUUUUGAUAUGGUCUCGAAGGAAACGACGAAAAAGAAACAUUCAAACAUAACAGCGGCAAGUCACACACACACACACACACUUAGAUCGAAAUUAGAAUGGGAUCACGCUGUCUAAGCGUUGCGACAUACAAUUAAAUGCUAAGCAAUUUGAUACAGAGACACACGCGCAUAUCAUUGCGUUAAUUAAUUAGGUGAUUUAGAGGCGCACUCGUGUUAUUUAAUACGGUGGUGUAAAUAACGUGAAAUUCCUACAUUUGAGUUCAGUGGAUCAUUAUCAACAGCCAACGAACUCAUGCAUACAAGGUGAAACCAACAGUUGGAAAACAAAACAAUCAUCAAGAAUCGUGAAUAUUUGAAUUUAAAGUGCAUGUGUUAAUGCUAUUGAAUGGGCGUCCACUGAUUUGCCACACAUUCAAAAUCAAAACAAACUUAUCAUCACCGGCUUUAUUUGGGUUUUAAAAAAACAAGGAGACAAAAAAAAACACGUGCAUACGACAAAGAUAUUGUAUUCGGUACUCGAUGUGAAUUCUAUAAAAAGUCAUAAACGUCGCGACUGUGGCGCAAAUCUUUGAUGCAACCUCAUAAAAUGUGUAAAUAAAUAUUGCGAUGAAUAAAACCGAAUGAAAAAUCUUCAUCAACAAUCAGUACAAUUUUAUCGCGCUUAAAAUUACGGCGACCGGUAGACAGCGAGUUAGUAGCAUAUGUGUGAAAGCGAGUUGACACUUAUAACAAUAUCAAUCUAAAAUCAAUGCAAAGAAAAAACCCAGCCAACUUGUGAAUUAUUGGUCGGCGUGUCGAGUGCGUAAAAUACAUUGUUGCUGAGGGACCACAUCCAAGGAACUCCAUUCUCACUUACAUUCUUAAUUGGUGUAUUAUCAGUGAGUAGUAUUUUUCACACAACUCGCGCGUCUCAUUCUGUUUCGAUUGAUUGAAGUGCCUCUGCGCAUACACACAAACGCGCGCGCGCCUUUCUUCCAACAUCUCAACACGUUUAGCAUACGGCUCGACAUCGUAAUCGCCGUUCAUAUCAUUCGCUCCACGAUAUCAUCAAGCCCAAGUGAUAGACACAACCAAUUUAAUUACUCUUAGUCAAGUGAACCGGUAAGUUUGGCGCAUGCUAAGAGACGAAUUUUCCUACAAAAAAAAAGAAAGAAAUAUAAACGAUAACACAUCAUUUAAAUGACUCUAUAAAUGAUUCGUGUGAAAUAUUUUGCGCGAAGUAAAAUAUGAACUUCUAAUACAAACAAAACCUGAUACGGACAGUAAAUAGUUGUAAACAAUCUAACUUACACGUGUGGAAGAAAGUGGCUAGCAAAAGGAGAAGAAAAGGAAAAACGAAAGAAAAAAACAUUUUGUAAUUGGGAUCAAUAUCGCUUCGGAAUAGACAUCGAAUGUCUAGCACAUUAUUUUGAUAUGGUAUUGGGGUUGCGACGAAUCUGUUAAGUACCGUGCUAAUAUUCAUCAAUUCAAAGUGACCAAUAAAGCAUAGCACCUUAGCUCCUUGAACCGAUUUUUGGACAUUUAUCUGACUCCAUUCACUACAAUCAACAACAGCCAAAUAUAGCCGCCAAUCGAAUAGCUUUUUGGUGAGGCUACCGCUUCGGAGCGAAACAACAAGUUUCACAAUACUUGUUAAAUGUGACUACGUGACCAUAAAAGGGCCAAACAAAAAUGAAUCCAAUCAAUCAAUUUGAUUCGUACGAGGAGCCACUUCGUGGUGGAAACCCAUAUUACUAUAAAACUGAAUGGAAAAAAAGCAGAAGCUUUCAGGGUCCGAAACGUGCAUUACGGCUAUGUAUUCUGUGUAUUGUUCUACCGGGUUUGCUAAUCGGUGUGCCACUCUAUUUGAAACAUCACGUAUUCGCUUAUCAAAUGUAUCCCGUUGGCAUAUCGGAUAUGCGUUUAAUUGAUGGCAAAGUAUCGACCACAUGGUGUCAACGUCAAGUCAUACGUGCCAAUACAUCGUUCAACGCAUUUCUAUUGCCCGAAGUGCCGAACGUGGCAAACAAUCGUAUUCACGUCAAUAUGGUCAGGCACUUGGAACUUAGCGACGACAUGAAAGAAUAUUGGGGCUUCUAUUUGCUAAAAGGUUCAAUUGUCACGGUAUCAACGUGUGCACGGUGGCCAGGGUCAUCCUUGAUUUUGAUUCGUGGUCACAAACAUUUGCAGCAAUGUGCCUACAUUGGAGACGAUUCGUCGGAAGAACUGGAAGAGUUGCUUGAAAUUGCCGAAGAAAAAGGAAUUGGUGAUUUGCAUUUUUCGUCACCCGAAAGCCCAGCAAAUCGUGUCGAUUUGUUGACCAAACAUCGACCGGGCGUUGAGUUCCACGACGAUCGCCUCCGUGAAAAUAAGGAAAGUUUCACAUUUUCACCGUUACAAGAACUGGCCAAAGAUAGUGAAGACAAUAUUUCCGGCAAACGAAUGAAAGAGCUACUCAAUUUAUUGCCACACAAAGCGAACAAGUUCAAGGCAAAUGUGGUGUAUAACAAUACAAACAUGGGCAAACGUGUGGAUCGAUUGAAAAAUCAAUUGAAAAUCGAGAUUGAAAAUCGCGAAAAACUCAACAAAACCGGAGCCAUCGGCAAACAAAUACCAUCAACACUGAAUAUUCAAGAUUUUAUUAAGCUACAACAAGCUGAUCAUGUGCAUAAAGUACGUGGAACCAAUAUUGGCAAUCAUGAAACAGAAAACGUAAAAAUCGAAUCGAAAAAUAACAUCGACAAAAUGCCCGCCGAUGAACCGAGGAGAGUGGUUUCUAUUAACGAUGAAGAAAACCUCAAUGCAACAUCGAGCGAAAUUCUUGAAGAUGUUCUUAAACAGUUGGACAAACUCGGAACGGAGAAACGAAACCAUAUUUUGAACAAGCUUAAGGGAUCAGUUGCACCUAAAAACGGUGCAGAACCAACGGACCAAGAAAAGUCAGGCGUAACGUUAAAAUCACAAAAAGUUACCACCACUAAAAAAUCAACCGAUUCCGAAUCAGUUCAAGACGAAGUUGAAAUUUUAGACAUGCACGAACCAAAAAUGGGCACAUACAAGAGGAAACGAAAAAAUAAGAUAACGUCUCCACCAUCUAAAGCUUCAUCCACUGAGCCAACCAAAGUGUCAUCGGCUGAACCAGAGUCGGCAUCGACCACCGAAAAUCCACCAAAAUUAACCAAAGAGCAAUUGCGCCGUCUCAAAAGACAAUUGACUUUGGAGAAUGAACUAUCUUCGGCUAUGGAUGAAAGUGAGAACUUGGGCAUUGAACAAGGCUAUGUUCCAGAUGGUAUCGCCGACCAUCAUCAUGUGUUGAAUCAUACGAAUCUGAAUGAUCGUUCGAAUUCGGAGUUUUGGUCAUCGUUUUCGUCGAGCGAAGAGGCUUUACUCAAUUGUGCAGGUCUAAUUCUAAGCUUGCCGCUCUCACCGAAUGGGGAAUGUCAUAAUGCAGCCAAUGAGCAUGAAUUUGGUCGAGCGAGUCAAUCCAAUAAAAUCACAUACACCGUACCAAUCAAUGGCUACUACUUUUUUGUGUUCAACAGUGAAAAUGAAGUGCAGGACAACUACAUCCGUGUCAAGUUUGACAUUCAAAAAACGGUUUACGAUGUAUCGAAUUCGAUUCAAUCGUGUAACAAUGCCACCGGUGAAUGUCGUUUAUCGCUCAAUUUCUUUUCCAACGAAAAAGUUGUAUUCGAGUUGCCACUCAACUCGAAUGAAACGCUGUGGAACGAGGAAUUCAUUGUGAUUUCUGAAUGCGAACCAAGAACAAUCAUGUAUCUAAUAUGCGUUUUAUCUGUGCCAUUGCUAAUUCUAUUAUUUGCAUUCCAAUGAGAAAGAGAGUUUCGGCGAAACAACUAAACUAAUCUUCCAGAAGUCUCUAAAUUUAAAUGAAAACGAUAAAAACAUUUGACUCGUGCAUCACUGCCGCAUUGUUUUCUCAUAAUAUUCGAUCAAAAACUGACAUUUUAAUCAUACUCAACCAAUAUUAUCAACAAAACAAUGAGAAUGAUGUAGCAAAAUGUUUGAAGCGAAAACGCUAAAUUGUUUCUAUUAUUUUCUGAAUAUGUUAACAUUCAUGCCACCAUUGUAACCGCUAGUCAUUUUUGGUUACUCAAUCAAAUCGAAGAAGAAGAGAUUGAUGUAAAUCUACACAACAUCAUCGGGAAAAUGCAAAAAAAAAAAUUACAAAAAAGAAUUGAUAUGGCCAAGAAAUCGGUUAAUUUUCGGCAAAUGAAAAAUUUAUUCGCCCAAAAUCGCUAAUAAAUUUUACUAUAUUUUUGUAAAAUGUUUAAAUUUAGAUACCUGAACAUGUGUGAUAUUUCAUUAAGUCUAGACUGAGAAAAAAAAAAGAGAAAAAGAAAUAAAAAUUGUGGAAUUGUUAACUUUUUUAAUUUUUGAGUGGUUUUUGAGCGCAAUUUAUGCCUCAAUGGUAAGUUAAAAGAGAAGACGAUUCUAUUAGUUUUUUUUUAAGAGAAAAGAAGAAAAUUUUAUUUUUACAAAAACCAAAUUCAAUAAACAAAUAUCAAUAAAAACUGUUGAAAAACGUU